CGCGGCCGGCUCCUCCCCCUCGGCCAGGCUGUUCCGCUGCCAAGGGCCUCUCCGCCCUCCGCAGCGCUACGGACCCAAGAUGGCCGCCGUGUCAGUUUGGGUCUUCGUUGCCGUCUGGCCUGAGGCGCCUGGGCUCCGCCUCUCCUAGGCCCCGGUGCACAGUUUGCCUGUCAAAAUUGGGAAUACUAAGCAGUGGAAUGAAAUGUAUUGACAUCUUUUUUACUUGCGUGGAUACAUUUUUUUUUUCAUCUGGUUGUUUUUUUUUUUUUUUUGAAGGGGGUAUUGGAAAACAUGAAUCAGAAGUAGGAAAUACUCAUGUUUGAAAAAAAUAAGAGCAAUUUGGGGCCCAAAACGCAUAUGCUAUGAUUAACUGGUCCUCUUUCUCCGACAGUGUGUUUUCCCAUUGUGUGAAACUCCUUCAGCAUAGGGAUAAGGGAUAACGACUCUAUGGAUAUAAAGAAUUUUUCACCAUGGUAAAACUCGCUAACCCGCUGUACACUGAGUGGAUUUUGGAGGCAAUUAAAAAAGUCAAGAAGCAAAAACAACGGCCAUCGGAAGAGAGGAUAUGCAAUGCCGUCUCUUCAUCCCAUGGUUUGGAUCGCAAAACUGUCCUGGAACAGUUGGAACUGAGUGUUAAAGAUGGGACUAUUUUAAAAGUUUCUAAUAAAGGACUUAAUUCCUAUAAGGAUCCCGAUAACCCUGGGCGAAUAGCACUUCCUAAACCACGGAACCAUGGAAAGUUGGAUGGUAAGCCAAAUGUGGACUGGAAUAAACUGAUUAAAAGGGCAAUUGAGGGCUUGGCAGAGUCUUCUGGUUCAUCUUUGAAGAACAUUGAGCGUUACUUGAAAGGGCAGAAGGAUGUCUCAGCUUUGUUUGCCAGCAGUGCCCCUUCUACCUUUCACCAGCAGUUGAGGUUGGCUAUUAAGCGUGCUGUUGGCCAUGGCCGACUCCUUAAAGAUGGACCUUUGUAUCAACUCAACACGAAAGCAGCCACACAUGCAGAUGGGAAAGAGAGUUGUGAGUCUCUUUCUUGUCUUCCUCCGGUUUCACUCCUUCCACACGAAAAAGAUAAGCCAGUUGCUGAACCAAUCCCAAUCUGCAGUUUCUGCCUUGGUACAAAAGAACAAAACCGAGAAAAGAAACCCGAGGAGCUCAUCUCUUGUGCUGAUUGCGGCAAUAGCGGUCAUCCAUCCUGCUUGAAGUUCUCCCCAGAAUUAACAGUUCGGGUGAAGGCCUUACGAUGGCAGUGCAUUGAGUGCAAAACCUGCAGUUCCUGUCGAGACCAGGGCAAAAAUGCUGAUAAUAUGCUCUUUUGUGACUCGUGUGAUCGGGGCUUUCAUAUGGAGUGUUGUGAUCCCCCUUUGACCAGGAUGCCAAAAGGCAUGUGGAUAUGUCAGAUAUGUCGACCACGUAAAAAAGGAAGGAAACUACUCCAAAAGAAGGCAGCACAGAUUAAGCGGCGUUAUGCCAACCCAAUAGGACGUCCCAAAAACAGAUUAAAGAACCAAAAUGCAACAUCAAAAGCCCCCUUCAGCAAAGUUCAGACGGGACCCGGCCGGGGUCGUAAGCGCAAGACCCCCUUAUCCAGCCAGUCGACUUGCUCAUCAGACGGGGGCUACUUGGAGCAAGUCGAUGGUCUGGAAUUCUGCGGAGACGCGAGCAUCACCUUGAAGUUCAACAAGAAAACCAAAGGGCUUAUCGAUGGCCUUACCAAAUUCUUCACCCCGUCCCCCGAUGGGCGUAAAGCCCGAGGAGAAGUCGUGGACUACUCUCAGCAAUAUAGGAUCAGGAGAAAGGACAAUAGGAAAUCAAGCACUUCAGAUUGGCCCACAGACAAUCAGGAUGGCUGGGAUGGAAAACAAGAAAAUGAAGAGUGGCUUCUAGGAGGUCCAGAUGUCAUGGCGGAGAAAGAUAUGGAGUUGUUCAGAGACAUUCAGGAGCAAGCGCUACAGAAAGUAGGAGUGACAGGGGCACAUGACCCUCAAGUCCGGUGCCCAUCAGUCAUCGAGUUUGGAAAAUAUGAAAUCCACACCUGGUAUUCUUCUCCAUAUCCACAAGAAUAUUCCAGGUUGCCCAAGUUGUACAUUUGUGAAUUCUGUCUCAAAUACAUGAAAAGCAGAACUAUUCUCCAGCAGCACACGAAGAAAUGUGGUUGGUUUCAUCCCCCAGCCAAUGAAAUAUACAGAAAGAGUAAUGUUUCGGUUUUCGAGGUGGAUGGCAAUGUCAGUACUAUUUACUGCCAGAACUUGUGUCUAUUGGCAAAACUCUUCCUGGACCAUAAGACUCUCUACUACGACGUGGAGCCGUUUCUUUUUUAUGUGCUGACGCAGAAUGAUAUGAAGGGCUGUCACCUCGUCGGCUACUUCUCCAAGGAGAAGCACUGCCAGCAGAAAUAUAACGUCUCCUGCAUCAUGAUUCUCCCCCAGUACCAACGCAAGGGCUAUGGCAGGUUCCUCAUCGACUUCAGUUAUCUCCUAUCAAAACGUGAAGGCCAGGCAGGAUCCCCGGAGAAGCCGCUCUCUGAUUUGGGUCGUCUUUCCUACAUGGCAUACUGGAAAAGUGUCAUCUUGGAGUGCCUUUAUCAUCAAAACGACAAACAGAUCAGCAUCAAGAAGUUAAGCAAACUGACCGGCAUCUGUCCUCAAGACAUCACCUCGACUCUUCAUCACCUGCGCAUGCUUGAUUUCCGUAACGAUCAAUUUGUGAUUGUUCGGCGGGAAAAACUUAUCCAAGACCAUAUGGCGAAGCUGAAACUGAACAUCCGGCCUGUAGUCGUGGACCCAGAAUGUCUGCGCUGGACCCCUGUCAUCGUCUCAAACUCGGUGGUUUCUGAGGAUGAGGAGGAUGAUCCCGAAGAGGCAGAAAUCGAGGUCCCACAGCAGUCAAGGGAGAGAGACCUUGAGGUGAUAAAGUGCGUCUCCUGGGAGAGGAAAGAACGAGAGUCCUGCUUUCCGCUGGAGAGUGAAAAAAAGCCAGAGAUUCUCCCAGUCAACGCCCUGCGAUCUGGCAAGCAAAGUCUUCCCCUAAGUGGUCUUCCCGCCAACAGCCACACACCGCGCAGGGGCCGGUGGAAUCGUAAGAACAAAAAGCUGCGAGAAUCCUUCACCGAGAAGGACCCGAAGCUGACCUUGGAGGAGAAGUCGGCAAUGGCCAGGGGCGGCCGAUGCGGCGAGUGCCAGGAAAAGGCGGCGGCGGCGGCAGCGGCGGCGGCGGUGGCGGCCUCUCGAGGGAGAUUUGCCGAGAGCGAAGAGAAGGCGGCGUCCUCCCAGGGACAGUGUGGCAAAUGCGAGGAAAAAACCCCGGCUCCCCGAGGGCACUUUGGCAAAGAGGAAGACAAACCAGCCUCCUCCCAGGGGCCGUUCGGCAAGGGCGAGAAGCCCUCCGUCGGCCAGAGGCGAUGCAGCGAAGGCAUGGAGGUCUGGAAAGGGCAGCUGAAAGCCUUGGAGCCCCUGAAGAGCCGGCUCUCGGAGCAGUGUGACAGGAUAGCCCGGCGGCACAGCGAGGGGGACCGCACGGCGCUCAGGCACUUCAGCGAGAGCAGCGAAGACGAAGACGAGGAGCCUGCCAGCCCCUGCUCCAGUUCCCCACCGGUUCUCACUAAGCCAGCACUGAAGAGGAAGAAGCCCAUUCCACGGAAGAGACGAGUCCGUAAGCGGAAAUACCACAACAGCAGUGUAGUUACCGAAACGAUCUCGGAAACGACAGAGGUCCUGGACGAGCCAUUUGAGGACUCGGAUUCCGAGAGGCCCAUGCCUCAGCUGGAACCCACCUUUGAAAUGGAAGAUGAGGAGGAGGAGGAAGAGGAGGAGGAGGAGGAGGAAGAGAGUGAAUUGUUCUCUCGAGGAUAUCUUCGCCGUCUCUCUCCACAGGAUUCGCUUAGGCACAGGCCCUCCUUAAAGAGAGGAGGUCAAGAGGGAGAGGAAUCGGAUGAUACGGCUGAUUCUCCUACUUUGAAACCAGUUUCUUUGCUGAGAAAAUGCGAAUCGCUGGAUUCUCCGCUCCAGCCUGGCACUUCUACCCCCAUGAAAAAGAAGAAAGGCUGGCCCAAGGGCAAGAGCCGUAAGCCCAUCCACUGGAAGAAAAGGCCCGGGCGCAAGCCAGGCUUUCAGUUGAGGCGGGGGAAAGUCCGAGCGCCUACUUCAGAGGAGACCGUCGAUCUCAUGGAAGCCAGUUCCAAAUCAGGACGCAAGACGAAAAUGCAGGACGAGGAAGAGCUGGUUGAGGAGAAGGAAGAGCUUCCGCCCAGUGCUGAAGAAAGGAAAGAUGAAGAUGGGCCCCCGGAAGUCGGUGAUUUAGGAGAAGAGGAAGAUAUUAUGCCUGCUAGAGAAGCGAGGGCGACAUCUCCCGUAGACAGCAGCAACAGUCCAGAAAUGGACUCUAAAGAACCUGAACUGGAGGAAGACGUGGAGAAGCCUCAAGUCCUCAAUGACCAGAGGCCUCCGUCCGAAGAAGAGCAGCAGGAAGCGGAAGAACCCGAGCAUGACCAGGAAGAGGAAGAAGAGGAAGUCGCCGCAGUCGCUAACCAGCACGAAGAUCACGAUGCCGACGACGAAGAAGACGACGGUCACCUGGGCUCCGUCAAAAAGGACGAGCUGGAAGAGCAGGCUGAGAAGGAGGGGCUGAAGGAAGAACCGGAAGUCCAGGAGCCUUUUUUAGAAACAAGCACACAGGACGAUAGAGAAGAGGAUGCCAAGAAUAAAAGUGAAGGAGAGGCCGAUUCCGAGGAGGAUCCGGUCUCCCACGAGACGUCGGUAGGGUCAGACCCAGUUCCUGGCUCGGAAGACGACCAAGAGGAAGAGCAGCAUCCGAAGGAAGGGCUGAUUGAGCUGAAGGAAGACGAGCCAAUCCCUCACAGUGAGCUAGACCUCGAAACGGUCCAGGCCGUGCAGUCCUUGACUCAAGAGGAAGAAAACCACGAGCAUGACGUGGCUUACCAGGACUGUGAGGAGACCCUGGCCGCUUGCCAGAACCUGCAGAGCUAUACCCAGGCUGAAGAGGACCCCCAGAUGCCGAUGGUGGAAGACUGCCAGGCCUCCGAACACAACAGCCCCAUCUCCUCGGUCCAGUCUCACCCCAGUCAGUCGGUGCGCUCCGUCAGCAGCCCCAGCGUGCCCGGCGUGCUGGAGAACAGCUACACCCAGAUCAGCCCCGAGCAAGGCUCCCUUUCCGCUCCUUCUAUGCAGAACAUGGAGACCAGCCCCAUGAUGGACGUGCCUUCGGUGUCGGACCAUUCCCAGCAGGUAGUGGACAGCGGCUUCAGCGACCUGGGCAGCAUCGAGAGCACCACCGAGAACUAUGAGAACCCCAGCAGCUACGACUCCACCAUGGGGGGCAGCAUCUGCGGCAACGCCUCCUCGCAGAGCAGCUGCUCCUACGGGGGGCUCUCCUCCUCCAGCAGCCUCACCCAGAACAGCUGCGUGGUCACCCAGCAAAUGGCUAGCAUGGGAAGCAGCUGCAGCCUCAUGCCCCAAGGCGGCGUCCAGCCAACCGCCAACUGCAAUAUCAAGUCUCCCCAGAGCUGUGUGGUGGAGAGACCCCCGAGUAACCAGCAAGCCACGGCACAGCCUCCGCAGCCCCAGGCCCAGCAGCCCCAGCCGCCGCCCCCGGCGCAGCAGCAGCAGCAGCAGCAGCAGCAACAACAACAACAACAGCAGCAGCAGCAGCAGCAGCAGCCGCCCCCCCAGCAGCAGCCGUCGCUGUCGCAGUGUAGCAUGAACAACAGUUUCACUCCGGCGCCGAUGAUCAUGGAAAUCCCGGAAUCCGGCAGCACCGGCAACAUCAGCAUCUACGAGAGGCUCCCUGGCGAUUUCGGGGCCGGCGGUUACUCCCAGCCAUCGGCCACUUUCAGCUUAGCCAAGUUGCAGCAGUUGACCAACACGAUUAUGGACCCCCACGCCAUGCCUUACAGCCAUUCUUCUGCUGUGACUUCCUAUGCAACCAGCGUGUCUUUGUCGAACACGGGCCUGGCGCAGUUGGCCCCCUCGCACCCUCUGGCCGGAGCGGCCCAAGCACAAGCCACCAUGACCCCCCCGCCCAAUUUGGCCUCCACUACCAUGAACCUGACUUCUCCCCUGCUCCAGUGUAACAUGUCCACCGCUAACAUCGGCAUCCCGCACACCCAGCGGCUCCAAGGCCAGAUGCCGGUCAAGGGCCACAUUUCCAUCCGGUCGAAAUCGGCACCGUUGCCCUCGGCGGCUGCCCACCAGCAGCAGCUCUACGGCCGCAGCCCUCCCGCCGUGGCCAUGCAGGCCAGUCCCCGGGCGCUGGCCGUUCAGCGCGGCAUGAAUAUGGGGGUGAACCUGAUGCCCACGGCCCCUUACAACGUCAACUCCAUGAAUAUGAACACCUUGAACGCCAUGAACAGCUACCGGAUGCCCCAGCCCAUGAUGAACAGCAGUUACCAUAGCAACCCCGCCUACAUGAACCAGACGGCCCAGUAUCCUAUGCAGAUGCAGAUGGGGAUGAUGGGGAGCCAGGCCUACCCCCAGCAGCCUAUGCAGCCCAACCCCCAUGGGAACAUGAUGUACACGGGCCCUUCGCACCACAGCUACAUGAACGCUGCGGGGGUCCCCAAGCAAUCGCUCAACGGGCCCUACAUGAGGAGAUGAGCAAGACGAGCCCCGCUUCCCCCCCCCCCCCGAAACUUCUCCUUCUCAAUCAAGGAACCUUUUUUACUGACAAAAGCAGAAACAAUGGAUCCUUUUUAUCCCAGUUAAAUAUUGCUGUAGAUCUUAGAUAGGGUUUUGGUUCCCUUUCGGUUUAUUUUAAUUUUAUUUUUUUAAGGGGGCCUGGUCUUUUUCUCUCUCUCUCUCUCUCCCCUUUUCUUCGUUGGGAGGGUGGAGGUUUGGUUCUCUGGCUUGGGGAUCUUGGGUUAUUUUAAUUCUCCCCUCCCCCCCCCCCCAUCUUUCCUUCCACCAAUCUGGAGAAACUUCACCAUUUUCAAAUCCAUUUUGGGACCUGGGCUUUGGGAUUUUUUCCUGUAUAUUUUUUGUCCAUCCUGUUGGGGGAGGAGUGGGAUUGAAAACAUGCACACAAUAUUCCCGUCAUCGAACUUAAAAGAGUCCUGACUUUGCCAGAACCACCUGGGCAGAGUCCGGGGUCUCUUGUUUUUAGGCACUAGAGUCGUUUUUCUCUCCCCUUGACCCUUGAGCACAGCUCUCCAGGUGGCCCAAUCCUGAAAGAUUAGAUCCUUCCCAUCUUCUGCGCCCUCAGCUUUGUGGCAGGCACUGGGAGUGGUGCACGGAGCCCAAAGCAAAUUUUCGGAUCCCCAUUUCCCCCAAAUAUAGGAACUCUGAAUAGUUGAUAUUUUGUUUUCUCCCUCCUCCUCCUCCUCCUCUUCCUCCUCCUCUUCCUCCUCCUCCCCCUCCCUCUUUCUCUCUCCUUGGGUGAACUGAAAUACUGUUUAAAUGUAACUAAAGAGCACCCAUUACAUAUAUCCAAGCCGGAACUGUGUACUCCAGUCCAGCCGAGUCCAGCCAAAAACGGGGUGUAGGGAGAAACGAGUUCUGGAGGUCAACCCCCAAACCAGUAGUGGGUUUCACUUAUCUUUGCUACCAGUUCGGAACUGGGAGCACACGCAUGCGCAGAGCAUCUGUGAUGACGUCCGGGUGGGUGGGCGGAGCCUCCCGGCUGCUGCUGCUACCGGUUCGCCUGAACCGGUAGAAACUCACCCCUGCCCCAAAUCCAACGACUGGACUUUGCAUUGUGAAAUCUGCUGGAGAGUCCAGUUCCCAGAGGCACUUGUGCAAAGCUGUCCCACUCCUGGAAGUCGGGAUGUUAACAUUUAAAACGGUUGCUGCAAUCGCUUCACAUAUUAUUAUUAUUAUUAUUAUUAUUAUUAUUAUUUUAAAAAAUUGGCUGGCCUGGUGCUAGCGUGCGGGGAGCAAGGACUCACAUAGGAUUUCCUCCUCCCGGUAACAGCCCUCCCCCCCCUCUUUUUUUUAAAAAAAAUCCCCUUUGCCUCCUUUCCAUCUUUGGAGGUUCACACACUAGCUGGAGUUUUUCCCCCCCACACUGCCUUUUGUGUGAGGGCCUUUUUUGGGGGGGCUGGGGGUGGAACGAGAGGAGGAUUCCCCCCCCGCGUUGCAGUCCAUCCUAUCGAACCAAUCGAUCGAAGGACCGCGAGGCCCGUGGGCUACCCGCCACCCGCCGAUUGCAAAGGAGGAGGAGGGAAAAAAAGUAGCUGAUCCUUCUGAUGUAAAGUUCUUCUCUGUAUAUUCCUGUAGAGCUACAGACGCACUUAGAUCGACUUAGAUGUGUAAAAAAAAAUUCUUUUUUUUUGUUUGUUUGUUUUGUUUUUUUCAAAGCAAAACCUAAAAGGCAGUUUGGAGGGGCCAGAGCUUCAGUGGACUUCUUCAUGAGGAUGGAAAGGCAGAAUCCCUUGGGCUUCCAGCCCUCGUUUUCUCCCAAGUUCUUGAGCAUGUGUACAAGGCUGUGUAGGACCCGGGACCUUGUAAAUAUCCACGAUCCAGGCUCAUUUCAUCUGUCUUGAAAGGUGACCCAGCCUGUUCCCUUCUGCCCAGAUCAUCUGCGCCGGUUGGCUGGCGUUGCUUCCCGGCUGCAGGUCGGUAGAAGCUGGUUGGUUGGGGUGCUGAAAGCAAAGCUGUUGGCACAAGGGCCAUAUAUAUAUAUAUAUAUAUAUAUAUAUAUAU